GUGAGACGUUCGUAGGCCGAAUGGUGAUUCCAAACUUCCACCCCCUGUCAAUAUGUAUAAAUACGUAUAAAUAAAGCAAAGCGGACCACCAGUCGAGCACACAUAACAAUCAUAAAUAUUUACACACGUUCAUCUGAAAAAUACGUAUAUCAAGAAUCAUGAAUGUUCUAACUGGUGUACUGGCUUACCAUUCCUUGGCGACCCUUGUUUUCUCUCCUAUGCUCAUAUUCGCACCGGAGAAGCUCAUGAAGGCAGGCCGCAAAGCAGAGGCCAAGAAAAAUGAUGCACCAACAAGCGUGUCUAAAAAACCAGACAAGACGGCUACUGUCAUGCGUUUCUGUGGCAUUUGGGUAUUCUACGGAGGCUUAUCGUCCCUUUACGCUACGGGAUAUUUCUCUCCUGUUCCGACCGAGCUUCAAGUGCUUGUUGCUGGAGGGCUGGCGUUUAUUCACGCGUCGGAGGCUGUGAUGAAGAUGAUGUACACUGACAGCCAUAUGUCAAAUACACACAUGGCUGUGCUGCUUACCGGAGCGGUGUUAUACACCCGCAACAUGUAAGGCACUGGUUCCAAUGUAAGUGCCCUAAGUGCUCAUCGGACAGCUUCUGCACAUAAUGUGCGAGUAUAUACCACGCAAUAUGCGAGGAGCUUCUUGCUAUGCAGAUAAUAAUAUGUUUUUAUGUAUGGAUGGAUAUAUAAGCUGCGUAUUUUGAGAGUUCACAUGAGCACAGAUGUACCAAACAAGGGCGACGGGGAAUAUUUAUGGAGUGAUAUAAUUAGUAUGGGCCACGUGCGUACGAAUCUAUAAGUUCGAGAAAAAUAAAUAACUUGAUAUUUAGAAUCAAAUCUUGUCAAGAUAGUGCUGUUAAAGCUUAAAACCUGACAA